AGUUUCCCCCCUGUCCAAAACAUCCCGCUCUUCUCCCUCCAGCUGCCAUUUACGACUUUUGGCCUUGUCAUGCCUUUUAUUAAUUGUUUUUAGCGUUUUAAAUUGUCGGCUGCGUGUCUCUUUUAGUCGUUUUUACUUUUGUUGCGUCAUUAUUACUUGGUGUUCCCCGGAAAAAGGCUCGGUUCUGGUUCGGAGAGAGAGUUCGGUGUAAUUCUAAGACGAAAAUGAUGAGCAGUCCAGUGAACAAAGUCAGCCAUUCAGGAGAUGACCAAAGUUCAAGCUCAGAUGAUGAUGUUCCGCUGACCAAAUUAACGACAAAGAAACCAAUCGAGAUGGAAAGUUUUACACCAACAUACAGUGAUGAAAAUGGUAAAGACAACUCCUCCGCCGAUGAAGAUGUGCCACUUGCAAAACUAGUAACAAAUGAACAGAGCACAGAAAAGUCACAUGAAAUGGACCAAAGUGGAGAUGCCUCCAGCUCAGAUGAUGACGUGCCUGUUUCAGAAUUGGUGAAGAAGAAACAAAGAAAAGACAGCUGUAGCUCAGAUGUGUCUUUGAAACAGAGUGAGAAUAAAAGUGUGACAUCUUCAAACAACAAUGGAAAUGGUAAAGACAACUCCAGCUCAGAAGACGUUCCUCUUUCAAAGUUGGUGACGAAAAAAACAAAUGAUGAGAAAAUUGUUACUGCAUCAAGUAAAAAUUCUCUCUUUUCAGGCGAGGACAGUUCAGACGAUGAAGUACCUCUUUCUAAGUUGGCUUCGAAGACGGAAAAUGAGAAAUCAAGCAAAAAUCUCAAGAGAACUUCAAACAAGGAUCAAAAUGGGAAAGACAGCUCCAGUUCGGACGAUGAUGUCCCUCUGUCAAAGAUGACAAAAAAACAGACCGAUAAGAACGAAGAAGAUGACAGCUCAGGAGAUGAUGUACCGCUUUCAGAUCUUGUGAGGAAGCAGCAAGCUGGAAAGAAGUCGCCUGAAAAGAAAAGUUCAGAAACUGAUCCAAAAGAGGAUGAAGACUCUGAAGAUGACGUUCCUCUGUCAAAGAUUAAGACCAAAACAGAGGCCAAGAGAAAAGUGUCUAAACGCAAGAAACUUUCAGACGACAACAAAAGUGAGUCCGAUUCUUCUGAUGAUGAGCCUCUAAUAAAGAAGAAAAUGGCCACUCCAGCAUCGAGCAAAAGAAGAAAAAAGGAAACAGCAAAGAAGAGAGCCGGCGUCACUAAGAGGAAAUCUGCUCCAAAAACAAAGAAAAAAAAAGCUUUGAAUAGUGACAGUUCUGAUGACGAACCUCUGAGUGAAGUUGUAAAAAAACUCAAACAGAAAACAGCACCUUCAGAUGAGACUCGCCUUUCCCAGCGAAGUGCAGCUCAGAAACAAGUAAAAUAUGUGGACUCUUCCAGUGAAAGCACAGACAGUGACGCAAUAGUGAAACCAAAAACAUCAAAAACUUCUGCAAAGAAAAAGUCGUCUACAACCAAGCAAGCACCCACAAAAUCAAAACUAAAAAGCAAGAGUAAAGAUGUGGACUCUAGUGACGACUCGGACGACGAUGAACCUUUAGCAAAUCUAAAAAGAUCCAAAUCCUCUCCAGACAAACGCACUCCCGCAAAAUCCAGACAAAGUAAAUAUGUGGAGUCCAGUGAUGACUCAGAUGAUGAUGUACCUUUAGCAAAACUUAAAACCAAGAAAAAGACAACUCCAGCCAAACGAACACCAGCAAAGCAAAGUAAAUAUGUGGAGUCCAGUGGUAGCUCAGAGGACGAUGUACCUUUAGCAAAACUUGCAAAUAAAAAAGCAUCUCCAGCCAAAAGGGCAUCUGCAAAAUCAAAACAAAGUAAAUAUGUGGAGUCCAGUGGUAGCUCAGAGGACGACGUACCUUUAGCAAAACUUAAAACAAAACCUGCGAAUAAAAAGACGACUCCAGCCAGAAGGACAUCUGCAAAAACAAGUAAAUAUGUAGAGUCCAGUGGUAGCUCAGAUGACUAUGUACCUUUAGCAAAACUUAAAACAACAAAACCUGCAAAUAAAAAGAAGACUCCAGCCAGAAGGACAUCUGCAAAAACAAGUAAAUAUGUAGAGUCCAGCGGUAGCUCAGAUGAUGAUGUACCUUUAGCAAAACUUAAAACAACAAAACCUGCAAAUAAAAGGACGACUCCAGCCAGAAGGACAUCUGCAAAAUCAAAACAAAAAUUGUCAAGUGAAAGUUCUGAUGACGAGGCGCUGAUAAACCUCGUGGAAAAAGCGAGAAAAGGGACAAAGAAGACAAAAAAACACACUACCUCCGAAGAGGAAGAGGAGGAGGAGGAGGAGCCAAGGAAGAGUUUUGUAGCAGAUGAUGAUUCCUUAGUAAAAGUUGCAGACCACGUUGAAAUUAAUAAAAUGAUUAGGAUUAUGCUUGAAAAGUGUGACAUGAAAGCAGAAACACAAGUCCCCGAAGCAGCUACAAAAAAUCUUGAAGUCUCAGCCAAUUCAUCUGAUGGAGAAUGAUUUUAUACUCGCACUCAAGUCCGAUUGAAAUGAAAUGAAGUGGUGAAAAAAUUAAUUGAAAUUUAUGAAGUCACUUAUUGCAUUCCUAUUUUAUAUUUUUACUUUCAGCCAUAUUUAAGGAUUUUGUAUUUUUGGUAAAAAUGGUUCAUUGUCAUGGGUAUUAUCUUGUUAAUUGGACUGCGUUUUUAUUAUUGUGUCAAGUUUUAUACACAAUUAUUUAAUGGUAUUUGAUCUUGGUCACGUUUCUUUUAAAGAAAAUAUUCAGUCGUGCAUUGUAGCAGUGUAAAAAAACAAAAAAAAAAACAAGAAUAAACUGCUUUGUUUGUG